AUGUCAGAUUGUAUGUACUUCACUACAGAUGUGAUGGUUAAACAGGACGGUGCAGGUACUACGAAGGUUUCUCUGGUGGUUGACGAUAAUGGAGUCCACAUACAUCGCAUGGACGGUACCCCCUGCGUCAACAUCAUUUACCAAGAAAUAACCUCAAUCGACCACAGGCGCGAUGCCAAGGACUUGAUGGGCGAGAAGAAUUUCUUGGCCUUCCGAUUGAGAGACAGCACUUCAAUAAUAGUGAGCUCUGCAGAUACCAGGCUCAUUAAGAACGAUGUCAUGAAGCGUGUCGGGCCCAAACUGACAGUUGGGUCCGUUCUGCGCAACUAUAGCAAAGAUAACAUCACGGAAGCUUAAUUCUUCGAGUCUUAGCGUAUAUAUAUAUAUAU